AUGUCUAUUGGGUCAUCGUUCGUACUAAUUGUUGUCACGAGUCUUGUCAUUUCAACUCUUGUUCUCAUCAUUUCACAACCCUCCGAUGACUCUAUCUUUCAAAUUUAUCCACUCAUUGGCAAUGUGACACCUUUUCAUACCCAUCGUGUACACAUGCUCUACGUUUCAGGAUUAGCCGAUUAUGACCAUGUUCGAAAAUUAUUGAUCGAUGAAGGAUGUAGCAAAGCACAAGAUAUUUCUAAAUGUGAAUCCGAGUUAGAAUUUGAACCUGUGAAAAUGAAUUCUCCAUUAUUGAGAAGUCCUUCUGAUCAUCAUGAUGGAAAAGUUUAUACUCCUCUCGUGAUUGGAAAUGUAUUUUAUGAGGAAUCAUCAGCCGACUCGUAUGCAGAGCUAAUUCCUGGUGUUAUUUUACAAAAAAGAGGAAGUAAUGAAAGUGUACAUUGCACAGAUGAAUUAUGUGUGUUUAAAGAAAUGUUUUUCAAUAGAAAUUUAAUUGCCAAAGUGUUAAAAACCUAUGUCACUGGUGCUAAAACUCAUCACAUUGGAAGAAAAUAUUUAUGUGUCGAUAAAUAUUUGAGAAAAAUGUUUUACAAGAGAGAAAACAUCAAUUCUGUAGAGCAUGUAGAGUUGAGUAUUCCAAUUUCAAACUCUGCUUCACAACUUGAUUAUCAAUUGAAUUUGAAUUUAAAAUAUGAUAUUUUAAGUUUAUUAACAAGCGCUACUCAUAUGGUUCAAUCAUUUGGAAUCAAAAACGUUCUAAAGCUUGGAAUUCAAACAGCAUUAUUAGGUCUUCCAGUUCAAUUACCAAUUAUGGGUGUGAAAGGAAUUUCUGAAUGGAGAGAAUUCGAUACUCGAGAUCCAAUUCUUAUUCAGAAUCUUGUGCUCACCUCUCCCUUAUUCCCAAUUGUGAAAUGGAAAGAGUUACAAGCGAACUCUGAUAAUCGUUUGGUCUUUUUAGAAAAGGGUGGCGAUGUUUCAAAUUAUUAUUUACCUUUCAAAUUUCAACCUCUUGCAGCUUUGGAUUUGAAGAAUGCCAAAUUCGUCAUGACACCACCAUUCAAUGUUGGAACAGGCAAUGAUAAGGUUGAAACUACAGAGAACUGA